UCCGACCUGCUGCAGCUCGAUCGCGGCGCUUUUUAUGUCGUCACCCAGUUCAGUUGGCGAGUUUUCGGUGUACUUAGCGCUCCUUGUAAAUAAGAAUGUGAUUUAGUGAUUUUACGUGCGAACGUUUACGUCCAGAAUGUAGCGUAUGUUUGGAUACAAGUGUUACCUGGAGAUCUUCGAGGACCAGUAUAUUGUCAGAUGCGAGGCGGAACGGGGACAUUUUUUCAGAUUGGGAGAACUAUUCACUACAAACUAACUACGAACGACAUUGGCUACUUGGGUUUUGGCUAACCAUGGCGACUCGACUCUCCGGCCUUUUUGCGAACAGUCGCAUCGUGGCUGGUCUGUUAGUGAACUUACUUUCGUCCAUAUGCAUCGUCUUCAUCAACAAAUGGAUUUACGUUCAUUAUGGUUUCCCAAACAUGACACUGACGCUGAUUCAUUUCGUGGUGACAUGGCUAGGACUUUAUGUAUGCCAGAAAUUGGAUAUAUUUUCCCCAAAGAGCCUGAAACCUACCAAAAUUGUCUGGUUGGCCCUAAGCUUCUGUGGAUUCGUCGUAUUCACAAACCUUUCCCUACAAAAUAACACCAUCGGCACCUACCAACUCGCAAAAGCAAUGACAACCCCUGUCAUCAUUGUCAUUCAAACACUGUACUAUAAGAAAACGUUUUCUACCAAGAUAAAAUUAACGUUGGUCCCCAUCACCCUGGGAGUGAUACUCAACUCCUACUAUGAUGUGAGGUUUAACCUGCUGGGAAUGACCUUUGCAACUUUAGGCGUUUUUGUUACUUCCUUGUAUCAGGUGUGGGUGGGUGCCAAGCAACAUGAGCUCCAGGUGAACUCUAUGCAGCUGCUGUACUACCAGGCGCCCAUGUCUUCCGCCUUCCUGCUCACCCUGGUUCCAUUCUUCGAGCCCCUGUCAGGAGCGGGGGGUAUAUUUGGGCCCUGGUCCUUGCCUGCACUGGUUAUGGUGAUGACAUCUGGGGUCAUUGCUUUCCUGGUGAACCUGUCCAUCUACUGGAUCAUUGGAAACACGUCUGCAGUCACCUACAACAUGUUUGGGCAUUUCAAGUUCUGCAUCACCCUGCUGGGAGGGUACGUCCUCUUCCAGGACCCCCUGUCUCUGCACCAGGGUGGGGGCAUCCUCUGCACACUGGCGGGCAUCCUGGCCUACACCCACUUCAAGCUGGCCGAACAGGAGGAGGGCAAGAGCCGGCUCGUCCAGAGACCCUGAGCCCUGAACGGCAAAUGCAAAUAGACUUGCCUCGCACACUGGGUAGCACAGGGAAACCAGGAAACGGGAAACAACAUCCAGCUCAAAACACACACACACACACGGGAACAAUCUCAAAACUUAUGAUGAAGCAUACUGUACGCAUGCAGGAAACUGAACUGUAUUUCUCUUCAGCAAAAGCAUAGGGGAUUUAGGUUUUAGAAGCUAGUUUCUUGUAAACCUAGGAUCAUUGCUCCAUAAAUUAUGUCUGAUAAUCAGGGAAAGUUUAAUCAAGGAGAGUUAUUUGAGGGGGUACAGACAUGAUGUAAGAAGCAAACGAGCUGUAUUUGCCUUCAGCACAGUCCAAAUGUUAAGUCCAUUUUAUUCAUUAUUUAAUAAUGCUGUAACCCCCCCCCCCCCCAUACUUUGUGCUAAAUGCAUAAAUGUAUUUUUUUAUAAAAUAUAAUUGUGAAAUAUAUAUUUUUGAAUGUA